AUGGAUAAUCUCAAAGAUUUCCUAGUCAAAUAUGGCACCAAAAUCUAUACAGAACGAGAAAUAAUUAAAUUACAAAUCCAUAUUAUCCUCGCAGCUCUCUUCCCAAUCUACAUUGGAUCACAUGCAGCACUCCAACGACCUCCUUCCGCUUCUCCAAUUCCCAAAUCUACUUCCUCAUCUUCUCAUCGUCUCGCAAACUCGGAUUCGGAAGAUGAAGAAGAAUCUAGACCUCCAAUGGAAGGUCUUACCCCUUAUGAUGCUAUUAUGUUUCCUGUUUUAGCUAGUGGGGUUCUUGGGGCUUUGUAUUUUAUUAUCAAAUGGUUGGAUGAUCCAGCUAUUCUGAAUAAGAUAUUGGGAUGGUAUUUUUCUGGUAUGGGUGUUUUUGGAGUUGGAAGAUUGGCGAAGGAUUCUUUGGAUGUGGGGGUUGGAUUUAUUUUUCCUAGUGUGUGGACGAGAGGGAAGGAUAUUUUUUAUUUCGAUCAGGAUUUGAGAUGUCAAGUUAUUGAAGAUGAGGAGGGAAAGACGAUCAAGGUGGUUGGUGUUACCAAUCCUCUUCCUGGACGACUUUCAACUAUUCGUUUUUCUGAACGGAUCACGAAUGCACUUUGGAACGUUCGUGGGUUGUUAAAAACAACUUAUUCUCUGAAUCUUUACAUCAAAACUUUACUUCCUCAUUCCAAAACUCAGAUUAAAUUUACAUCGGUCCUAGGUCUCGGAAUAGGUAUCACCACAGUCACCGCUUACAAUAUUCUAAAUGCCCCAUGGUAUCUUACAAAUGUAAUGGGUUUCGCUUUUUGUUAUGGAUCUCUUCAACUUUUGUCUCCGACUACAUUCUUCACUGGUACUUUAGUCCUUAUGGGACUCUUCUUUUACGAUAUCACUAUGGUGUUUUAUACACCUCUCAUGGUAACCGUAGCGACGUCUUUGGAUGUUCCUAUCAAACUUGUGUUUCCAUUAAAUAAGAGCGGAGGAGGGGGUAGUAUGUUGGGAUUAGGUGAUAUUGUUUUACCAGGUAUACUUGUUGCAUUGGCCUUGAGAUUUGAUUUAUAUUUACAUUAUUUGUAUUUACAAAAGUCUUCUCCAUUCAUCUCAACCGCGAACUCAAAGCCAAACACAACCUCAAGUAGCAAAAGUACCACCGAAUCAUCAUUAGCACCAUCUUCAAUCCAAAAGACUACCUACAAACCCUCAACUGGUCUCUGGGGUGAAAGAUUCUGGACUUCAUCCUUUUCACCAUCUUCCUCAAAUCGUGGAACAGGAAUUGAAGGAACCCGUUUCUCCAAGCCAUAUUUCAAAGCUGCAAUAGUAGGAUACAUCACAGGAAUGAUCACAACAUUAAUUGUCAUGAGGAUAUUUAAACAUGCCCAACCAGCAUUAUUGUAUUUGGUUCCUGGCGUGGUGGGAAGCUUAUGGGGAACGGCGGUUGUUAGAGGGGAGCUUGGGCUUAUGUGGAGGUAUACUGAGGACGGGAGCUUGGAUGAAGAGGGGAAGAAGGAGGAAGGAAAAGAAAAGGGGAAGAAUGAGGAAGGAAAGGAAGAGGGGAAAAAUAUCAAGGGUGGAGAAAAAGAGAAGGAAGAAAAGAAGAGUUUAGAGGAGAACCGAAUAAUAAAUGAAGGGAAGACAUCUCUUGAAAAUGGAGAAGCAAAGCAGGAGAUAAAACAAGAAGAAAAUCAAAUCGAGAUAGACUCGAAUAAUGGGAGAAGGGAUUCAAACGCAAGUAGUUCAAUCCUCUCCGAUGGAUCAAUUUCCUGGCCUGAAGAUAAUGGAGAUGGAGAUGGAAAUGGAAACGGGAAUGGAAAUGGCAGUGAAGCAGAUGACGAGAUGACUCCUUCGAGAAAAGAUAUCAAAGGGAAGAAGGAGGGAGGGAAAGGAAAAGGAAAAGGAAAAGGAAAAGGAAAAAAGGAUGAAAAUGAUGAUGAGGAGGAGGAUGAAGAUGAAGAUCAUUUCUUUCGUUUCUCUAUUAGUAAACCAAAGUCGAAAGCGAGAGAUGGAAUUGAUGCGAAGAAGAUGAUAGAGCGGAAAGUAGAGGGGAAGAAAGAUAUUUGA